GGUAGACUGCAUAUUCCAUCUCUUUUGUACAAUGGAAGAAUAAACAAUUCCCUGAGUAAGUGUGUGCUGCAAGUCCAUUACUUCACUUAAUUUCCUGGAGAAAAGAGGAAAGGAAAGCCUUCUGUGGUACAGCAGAUGAAGUUUGUCUGGAAAUCCCUGUCUCUGCAGAGUGGUGAUAAUGCUGCUCCAAUGGUCCUUCAUCCUGCCCAGAGGCAUCCUUGGGUGUGGGAAAGGACCUUCUUCUACCUCUGGGCAAAAAGGAAGAAGUUCAUGGCGCUGGCUGACCAGAAAGCCCAUGGCAGGACAUAACAUCUGGGCACUUAUUAGGAUGCAGUACAGCAAUGGGAUGGGCUUUCUCUAGGUUCAGGAGCUUCCUUCAUCAGGUUACUUUGCAGAAGUGAAAGACAGAACCAAAAAGAAGUAUUUCUUCAUCUAAGCACAGGGACUGCAAUAUUUGAGAAGAAAAAAUUAAUCAUCAGGCCAUUAUGUUCAUCCUCCAUCAAGAAGAGAGAAAAUUUUUCUUUGAAACUCAAGGAAAAUUUUCUGCAAGCCUUGACUGCCCUUUCUCACAAGAACAAACUGUAGUGAAGCAAUCCAAAGCCAACAAGAUUUAUGGCAGAAACAAUCUCCUGAUUUUAGAUACCAGCUCGUAAGCCAUCCAACCUUCCUCAGAAGCCACAAGGAAAGGGAAAGGGGGAACUGAGAUUUCAAUCCUGAACCUGAACCACUGAAAGGAGAACAAAAGGACUCUGACAGGAGAUUUCUUACCUACAAGCCUCAUGAAAGCAAGUGGGAUCCACAGCUGCUACUGCCAAGUAGUCCCUGGCCACCUAAAUCUGCUUCAUUACUGAGAUGGAUAAAAAAACAGCAAUUGCGUGACAGCCAGCGGAAUGUCAAAACACGGGAGCCAUAACAAGCUGCGUUCCUGCGUGUUUUUCCUGUGAGUAUAAUUGUUCUUGUUGAUAAUUAUGUACUUUUGAAAGUAAAUAACAAAAUGUUACCAGUGAAAAUAACUAAAAACAGAGAAAAUCAAAGAAUAACAAAGGAAUUUUUCUGUUCCCAGCAGAGGAAAUUUUCUGACCUUGUGGAGAAGGCAAGGAAGGAAAGGGGAUAUAAUGGCCUGUACUGGAACAAAUGUUGAAAUAUGCACUCGUCCUUCUGACUGUGUCCCUCUGAUUAUGCCUUUAAAACUGGCUGGCAUGGCCUGUGCAGAAUGUGAGCCCUAGCAUGCAGGAGCUGUGGAAAGAAUGCACCCAGGAUGAAAGCACAGCUGCAGCUAUCUUUGCUGUUCAAAUGGACGACUAUCUGGGAGGAAAGCCUGUGCAGAGUAGAGAAAUUCAAGGGUAUGAAUCUACUGAGUUUGUGGGUUACUUCAAAGGAGGAAUUAAAUACAAGGCAGGUGGUGUUGCCUCUGGAUUUAAUCAUGUUGUUACUAAUGAUCUGAGUGCCCAGAGGCUGCUGCAUAUCAAGGGCAGGAGAGUUGUAAGAGCCACAGAAGUCCCCCUGGCUUGGACCAGCUUCAACAAAGGAGAUUGUUUCAUCAUUGACCUGGGAAAUGAGAUCUAUCAGUGGUGUGGCUCAUCAUGCAAUAAGUAUGAGAGGCUGAAGGCCACACAGGUUGCUGUUGGCAUUCGGGACAACGAACGGAAUGGAAGGUCCAAAUUGAUUACUGUGGAAGAAGGGAGUGAGCCAGAGAGCCUUAUAGAGGUUUUAGGGAACAAGCCAGAGCUUCCUGAGUGUGGUGAUGAUGAUGAUGAGCUGGCUGAUGUCACAAACAGGAGAAGUGCUAAACUAUAUAUGGUGUCAGAUGCGAGUGGAUCCAUGAAAGUGUCCUUGGUGGCAGAGGAAAACCCCUUCUCUAUGGCUAUGCUUUUGUCUGAGGAGUGCUUCAUUUUGGACAACGGUGCUGCCAGGAAGAUCUUUGUGUGGAAAGGCAAAAAUGCUAACCCUCAGGAGAGAAGAGCUGCCAUGAAGAAUGCUGAACAAUUCAUGCAGCAGAUGAAUUAUCCUGCCAACACACAGAUUCAAGUCCUUCCCGAAGGAGGGGAAACGCCAAUGUUCAAACAGUUUUUCAAAGACUGGAAGGAUAAAGAUCAAAGCAAUGGCUUUGGCAAAGUCUAUGUCACAGAGAGAGUGGCUAAAAUUGAGCAGAUUGAAUUUGAUGCUACCAAGUUACAUGAGUCUCCACAAAUGGCUGCCCAGCAUAACAUGGUAGAUGAUGGUUCAGGGAAAGUAGAGAUCUGGCGUGUGGAAAGCAGUGGCCGAGUUCCUGUGGGACCUGAGACAUAUGGGCAGUUCUAUGGGGGUGACUGUUACAUUAUCCUCUACACUUACCCCAGAGGGAUGAUCAUCUACACGUGGCAAGGAGCCCAUGCUACAAAAGAUGAACUGACUGCUUCUGCAUUUCUGACUGUUCAGCUGGAUCGGUCAUUAAAUGAUGAGGCUGUGCAGAUCCGAGUCAGUCAGGGUAAAGAGCCUGCACAUUUACUGAGCUUGUUCAAAAACAAACCACUUAUAGUCUACAAGGAUGGGACGUCCAGGAGGGAAGGUCAGAAGCCUGCUCCACCAACACGACUCUUCCAAAUCCGCAGGAACCUGGCAUCCAUUACUAGGAUUGCAGAGGUUGAUGUUGACGCAGCAUCACUAAACUCUAAUGAUGUCUUUGUUCUGAAACUGCCAAACAACUCUGGCUACACUUGGGUAGGAAAAGGAGCAAAUAAAGAAGAGGAACAAGGAGCUCAGUACAUUGCCAAUGUUCUCAAAUGCCAGACUGCAAAGAUUAAUGAAGGCCAGGAACCAGAGGAAUUCUGGAAAGCACUUGGAGGUAAAAAAAAUUACCAGACUUCAUCACAACUCUUGACAAAGGCUGAAGAUCAUCCCCCUCGCUUGUAUGGUUGUUCUAAUAAGACAGGCAGAUUUAUUAUUGAAGAGGUCCCAGGAGAAUUCACUCAGGAUGAUUUGGCUGAAGAUGAUGUCAUGUUGCUGGAUGUUUGGGAUCAGGUUUUCAUCUGGAUUGGGAAGGAUGCUAAUGAAAUUGAGCGACAGGAAUCUGUGAAAUCAGCCAAACGCUAUAUUGAAACAGAUCCUUCUGGCAGAGAUAAGGGCACCCCCAUUGUCAUUGUGAAGCAAGGGCAUGAACCCCCCACAUUCACAGGCUGGUUCCUGGCUUGGGACUCUAACAGAUGGAAGAACUGAUCUCUCCAAGGAGACUCCAGCUUCAAGCCAAAGAAUGACCAGAGCCCAGCCACUUUCUAGUAUUUUUAAGCAUAAGCUUAUGCAACAAUAUGAUGCAUCUGUUGUUACACUUUCCUGAGCUUUGAUGUAUUUCUGUGAAUAACCUAGAAAUUCUUAGCACUGGGAAGGAUAAAUGAUAAUUGUAAACUGGCCAAAUGGGGUGAGUGGGGCUCUUCUAGUAGUAAAUACAGAAAAUGCUACCAAUCUUUAAUUGUAAAAGAAAGAAAUAAAUUUUCUUUAAUCUCCUGAUUCUUUUAAAGAGAAGCUGUGGAUCAGUUUAUUUUAAUGUGCUAAAAUGGACCAAAUUCUGUCUCCACUUAAAAAUCCAAACUAAUGCCACAGAAAUUCCUUUACAUUAAGGUCAAAAUAAUAGUGUGCAGAAUUUCGCCUGAGAGAGAAAUAAAACUAUCCAUUUCAAGGAAAAGACUGCACUGAUUUAAUUAUUAGGCCCAUAUAUUGCUACACUCAUUGAAAGUUUCAGAUAAUAUCUGAUCCACAGUGGGAGUUGUAGCUCACAGGGGCCAAAUAAUGGAUGGAUAUUUGGAGAAAGCUGUGCUUAACAUGUUUGUUUACCCUGUUAAUACAUAUAUGUGUGGAGCUUUAGACUGAAUACUGUCAGAAUACAAAACUGACAAAGUUAUUUUUGAGGGACAGUCUAGAGCAUUGUAAUGAAUUCCUUCAGAUUUAUCUCUGAACCAGCUCCAGCUCCACCAGGUCUUUUUAACUAAAGCUCUUAAACACGGUGUAGUGCACUAGUGCUUUGAAGUGGAAGCAGAAGUAACAGCUCUGAAAGCACAUCCUCUGCCUUAACCAGAUAGCUCUUAAGCCAUUCUUCACCUCAGUUGCCUUACCCAGCAGUGCUCAGUUCUUCUUCAGCAUGCAGACUGUUCACCUUGUCAGGUGCAGGAUGUCUUUCUAAUUUUAUCUGCAGGUGUUAGACAAAUAUCAAGCAUGUCAAAAGCAGGGAAGCCCCUGUGUCGGUAGCAUUUCUGGGAAUAUGGAAUAUGAGUAUGCACCAUAGAAUAUGGCAUUCUCUUUUUUCUCAGGCACACUUACUUGAGCUUUUUUUUAUUCUGGUGAAUUUAAAAGUAUGUUUUCAAAGUGGCUUUUAUUUGUAACUUAGCCAGAAGAAAAUCUAUUUAAGGGCAAUGGGAAAACUUCUUCAGAUCUUUAGCGCUGCUUUGAUCACUUAUCCAGUAAUGCUUGUUUUAAACAACAAUUUGUACAGCUGUAAAUCAUACUGGUGUGGCUUUUUAAUGACAGCAUUUCAGCAGUUUUAUUAUUCUUAUUUUAUUAUAUAAGUUAGUUUGGAAAGUGAAAUUUUAGACAUUUUUGUAUUUUUUAACAUGCUUGGGAUUUUAAAUCAGAGUAAUGCAAAAGAGCGAAUUUAGUCUGAGCUCAUAAUAUCAAUGACAAAAGAAUUGUGAAGCUAAGAGAUUAAUUAUAGGAGUUAGCUUUAAGCAUUUGUUUAAAUGUCUGCUAAUAUAGCUGGGCUGUAUCUGAAUGUGAUUUCAUUUAAAAUAAAGUUAUAAAAACCAGUA